UUGCAGGAAAGCCCUUCAGUAUCAUUUCCUUCUUUUCUCACCGCUGGGUGUUUGGAUGGAUGGGCUGCCGCUGGUACGGAUGGGCUGGCUUCUUCUUCGGCUGUGGGAGCCUUAUUACCAUGACAGCUGUCAGCCUGGAUAGAUACCUAAAAAUCUGUCAUUUGUCUUAUGGUACCUGGCUUAAGAGACACCAUGCCUUUAUCUGUCUGGCAAUAAUCUGGGCCUACGCUACAUUCUGGGCUACGGUGCCUUUUGCUGGUGUGGGGAACUACGCUCCUGAGCCUUUUGGGACGUCCUGCACUCUGGACUGGUGGCUAGCGCAGGCAUCAGUGGCUGGACAGGCUUUUAUUCUGAGUAUUCUUUUCUUUUGCCUCCUGUUCCCAACUGCAGUGAUUGUGUUUUCCUAUGUCAAAAUAAUUUUAAAAGUCAAAUCAUCCACCAAAGAGGUUGCUCACUAUGAUACCAGGAUUCAGAACAGCCACAUACUUGAAAUGAAGUUGACCAAGGUGGCAAUGUUGAUCUGUGCAGGAUUCCUCAUCGCCUGGAUCCCUUACGCUGUGGUGUCUGUGUGGUCGGCGUUUGGGCAGCCAGAUUCGGUUCCCAUUCAGUUUUCGGUGGUACCGACUCUGCUUGCAAAGUCAGCAGCCAUGUACAACCCAAUUAUCUACCAGGUCAUUGAUUGUAAGUUUGCCUGUUGCCGGUCAGGUGGACUGAAGACACUGAGGAGGAAGAGUUCUUUGAAUAAAUCCAGGACGUAUACCAUAUCUGCACAUAGAGAUUUGACAGCAAUGAAUGAAACCCAGCUGGAAGUGUGA